AUGCUUAGUGAAGCUGAACUUAAAAAAAAAGAAGAGGAGGAUUUUAAAUUAGCCGUAGCUCUUUCGCUUGAUGAAGUCAAUAAACGUAAAUCGCAAAAUUUUUUAUCAAAUAAAUUAUCAACCCAACCAUCAAUCUCUGCUUCAAAUAAAGAACUUCCUCAAAAGCCAGCAAAAAAAACAGGAAAUGCUAAAAGAGUCAAGGCACUAUAUGACUUUGCUCCUACUGAAGCGGGUGAGCUUGGGUUUGUACGUGGUGAUGUCAUUUCGGUUAUUGAUAAUGAUGUUUAUAAAGAUUGGUGGCGUGGAGAAAUACGUGGCAAGACAGGAAUUUUCCCAGAAACAUUGUCAGAGCCAACACCUGAUGAUAUUGAAAAAGAAGCUGAAGUCGAAACUUUAAUAUUUGCACAAGCUCAAAAAAUAGAAAUUUUAUUGGAAAAGUUAAAAAGAAUAGAUUUACAAAAAAAAAAUGCCAUGGAGGAUGAAGAAAUCCAGGAACUAUAUAGUUCUAUGUUACCAAUUAGAUCAAAAUUGGUUAAAGUUAUUGAAAAAUAUAGUCAAAAGAAAGCAUCUAUAUCAUACUCUACAAAGGUAGCUCAAAAUCCAAACUAUAAUUUAAUUAGCCAACAAAUUCCUCAAGAUUAUCAUUUAUUAAAACAAGAAGCUUCUGUUCUAGCAACUUUUCCUCAAGCUUCUUCGAUUUUGUAUCAACAACAACAGCAAUCUGAUAUGUAUAAUCAAUCAAAAUUUUAUAAUCCUCAAAAAAUUCAAUACCCAUUAUUGCCUUCUCAACAUCUUCAGAAUCAACAAAUUACAUACCAAUCUUUACCACAAGAAAUUUUAAAUCAGCAAAAUUUGCUCCAUGUUCAACAAAAUAAUCAAUUCACUCCACAAACUCUCAAUAAAAACAGCAACAACACACCAGGGCAACAAAAUGUUUUUACUCAAAACCCAAAAUCUCGAAAUUUUACACAACAAGACCAUUUUGAAACAAAUGAUAAUAAAACUUUCACUGCAACAACCUAUACAACUACAAAAUUUUCAACAACAACUUCAACAGCAACUGCAACAACAAACCAUGCAACCUCAGCAACAAACCAUGCAAUCCCAACAACUUCAACAGAAAACUGUACAACCUCAGCAGCAGUUGCAACAACAAACUUUACAACCUCAGCAGCAGUUGCAACAACAAACUUUACAACCUCAGCAGCA